UUCUGAUAGACAGGAUAGGCAUUUCUAUUCAAAAAUAUGUUCUAGUGUAAUUUCAUCAUUUUAUUUUAUUUAUUAAGUAGGCCUAGCUGUUCUUCUUAAGUAAGUAGACCUAAACAUAAUAGACCUCGCAGGGUGCGCAAGAGGGUGUUCUGCCAACAUAGACUUGGAAACAUAUGAACAAUUUGUAUGUCUUUAAACUCCCUCCUCUGGUCAAAGUUAUUAACGCAUGCCAAUGCCCUCGUAUGCCUUGCUGAGAAAUGGGUAAUAUUAACGACUUGCUAAAUGCCCAUGACUGAAUAAACGUGCAUUAGGUCUAUUAGCCCUAGAAAACACUCUUAUUUUGGUCAGGUAUAGCCAACAGAUCUCUUUCAACUGUUUUGGCCUGAUCUCAAAAGCAGUGUUAAUAUUUCUCAGCCUUCCAAUGUCGUGUUGAACAGCAAGUGCAAACAACUGGGCACUUCACGAACCAAAUGUUCAAAUGACGACUGACUGUCCAGAGAUGAUCUCGCACAAGAGACAGGGUUUAUCCAUAGAGAUUUUAGUCUUGAUAUGCGCGAAUCUUAUUUACGCAUCAGCUCAAGUUAAUUCGUUAGCACCUGUUGCGUGUGAUGACAAAAGUGUGGAGAAGUUAGCUAGACUUUCUGUAACCUACAUAAAUGAGGACCGACAGUCGGGAUACAAAUUCGCGCUGAACAGAAUCACCAACGUCCAACUUCACGCACAGGGUCCCGCUGGGAAAGUGUACUACCUUAAUGCAGACGUUUUGGAGACCAAGUGCCACGUGAAGAGCCCCAAGCCCUGGAAACGAUGUGACGUUCGACCUUUCAUGGAAACCCAAAUUUCAGGGAACUGCAACAUUACAAUUCUCCAUGAUGCCGAGGGAUUUUCCUACUUGUUCAGCUAUGACUGUAUGCUAGUACCAGAUCCUCCAGAGAAGCUUCAGAAGACGUGUCCAGAUUGUCCUCUGUUGCUGGAUGAUGAUAACCCAGAGGCCAUUAGUGCUGCUCAGCUGAGCUUCCUCAAGUACAGGGCUCAGCUCGCCCAAGAGCUGUGGAUCCAGAGCACGCAGCCCGUAAACCUGGCUUUUCACGCUGUCACGCGAGCCUCCAGACAGCAUGGAAAGUUAAAGCGCACCUUUGUGGAGUUCACCAUAGCAGAGUGUCCAGAGGGGACCCAUGCUUCAGGCAUCUGUUUGAAGGAAGAUGCUGCCAGAGAGCCUGUUGGUUUCUGUGCCGGAGAUGUUGUUGGGAACAGCUGGUUCUCGCAAUACGCCAAGGUGUCCUGUGAAUUAUUUUACCCGCAGCGCUACGGCUUGAAGGUCGACGUCAACGUAAAGCCUGUGUCUCAUGACGUGACCCCGACCCACCCAUCGUACCCCGAUCCUUCUGACGUCAACAUCCCAGAAGGAGCACCUGAUCCAUACCCGUUCCAGCCGGUUAACCCUUACCAACCCAGCAAGCCGGUUAGCCCCUACCAACCCAGCAAGCCGGUUAGCCCCUACCAACCCAGCAAGCCGGUUAGCCCCUACCAACCCAGCCUGCCGGUUAGCCCCUACCAACCCAGCCAGCCGGUUAGCCCCCAUCAACCCAGCCAGCCUGCCGCUGUACCAGAUGACAGAUUGUCUGACCCUAUGCAGCCCGCCCCACUUCCACUGCCAGACCAGCCCGCCGCCGUCAGUCCGCCCCGCCGCACGGCGUCAUCCAGCGAGUCUCGGUCCUCGUCCGAGUCCGACUCGUCUGAGGAGAUUGUGGGCGUGACCAUCGCCAGGCCCCCGGCGGGCUUCCGCUACAAGCCUUACCGCAGGAAGAGGCUGGUGCCACUGUUCGGGACCAAGCCUCCCCACACGCCCGUCUUCAUGUCCGUGUUUCCCAGCGGCAUGUCUCCUUUCCGCUCCUGCCCCGGGCCCUCUCGCUUCACCACUGUGUAGUAGUAGAAAGCAGAGAGAAAUGUGAGAAAUGUCAGUGCAAGACGACUUGAGGGUCAGAGACUUUAAGUCAACUGGAUGCUCUUACACUGACCUGCAGCAAACAACAACAUGUCAUGGAAAAAUAACUAUAGUCAAACUGGUAUUACUGUAUGUGGUCAUAAAAAUGAAUUGUAUUUUAAAAAUAAAAUAUACUACAAAAUGCUAGAAUGGAUCACCCAGUUUGUCUAAGUAGGCUGUAAACAAUGGUAACACUCUAUCAAUUCCCCUACAGAGUAGAACAUAACACAUUGAGCUGAAAAAAAGGGGAAAAAAUAGAUGGCCUGUUUUGAAGUUGUAAUCGUAAAGAAAAAACAAUAGCCUUUCUGCAACAUUGCUAUGAGCCCAGAUAAACAAUUUCUCUGCAUGUUCAGUGUAAGACUCGUUUAAGAACGUUUUAACUUUUAUUAUGCUAUACAUGUAUGCUUUGGCUUAAAUUCCCAAAACAUUGGCUAAUUGAAACUUGAAAUUAAUUGUCCAAGAUUAGAGCGAAUACAAAUAGGGCCUAGUGUGUCUAUUCCUUAAGUGACAAUGUAUUGAAGGGCCUCUCAUGGGUUCAGUUUUAAACAAACAUUCAGAAUCUUUAGGUUCAAGUUCAAGAAGUUUAUUGCCAUGUCGACAUAGUCGAUAGGAAUUGUCCGUGGCAUAUCCCCAACAUCAAAUAAAUACAAUUGACAAGACACACAACAGCAAAGCACAUACAGUAAAUAUAAAUAGCCUAUGGGUAGACAUACCAAUAAACAGAAAGGGUUCCAGCAGUCAUUGGAUAGCAGUUCAAUUACAAAUUACCCUGAGUGUUAAAGUGCAUUAAAGGUAAAGUGCAUAGGGAGUGGAAAGUUAUAGCAGGUUAAGAUGUCUGAUAGUCAGUGGGUAUGUGCUGUUCCUAAAUCUGGAUGUGGAUAUUAAAGCUUCUGUAUCUUUUACCUGAUGGGAGGAGGUUACAGUAAUAAGAUGAUGCGCUGGGUGUGAGGGAUCGGCUAUGAUUUUCCUUGCCUUUCUGAUAACCUGUGAUGAGAAAAUGGAGGAGAGAGAGAGGGAGCGCACAACCCUUUCCAACCUUAUCUUGUCCCAUGUUGUGGUGUUACCAUACCAGACAAGGAUGGAGAAUGUGAGGAUGCUUUCAAUCGUGGAUCUGUAAAAAUGAAUCAUGGCUGUCUGACUGACUUUGAAUUUCCUGAACUGCCACAGGAAUUGGAGUCGCUGCUGGUUUUAACCUCUGGGGAAGAAAACAUCCAAGACAGUGGCAAAUGAGAAAUCAAUUAAAAUCAAACUUUGAUUACUAAAGUUAAAGUGUUUACUUGGGAGAACUUCUCUAGGUGGUGGUCAUGAUUAUCAAACAUAAUUUUGAAGAAGAACCAAAAACUGUUACAAACUCAACUGCUUGCUGACACCAAAAGAAAUAUCAACAGGCACCAAAACAAAACUAACAUACUGGUAGGCUUAAAAUGAGCUUAGUCAUAUGACCUGGCUUCACUCAGGCUUCAAACAUGUUAACUGAGUAUAAGGGCAGUUAAAAAGCAUCAAUUAACACCCCCACUUGCCUUCACAUUCACAACUAGAAAAAAACUGAAAGAAAAGCAAAACAUUGGCAAAAACACAACUACAUCUUGGGUUAGCAAUCACCCAAAUAGGAACCUAGAAAAAGUAGAUGGCUUCCCUUUUGUUUUUGUCAUUACACUGAACUGCACUGCUAUUUUUUGGUAUUACUGUAAUUGGUUAACCGCGAGGCAGCAAAGUUAUUGAUUACUUGAUCAAGCUCUCAUGUUGAGACAUGGAUACAGAGCGAGGGGAGUCACUGCACUGAGCAAAUAGCACUAUGGAGCAAGAGAGCUUCAAUAUUUUGGAUGGGUUUUUUGGACGGCUCGAUAUUACCUAAUCUUUGAAUGAUUUAAAGACUUGUACCCACCUUAUGGACAAAGGCCACUGAUUUCAACACGCUGUUCACUGACCUUUGUAGAUGAUUUACACAGCUGGGGUGGAUUCACCCGCUGUGCAUUCAUUUACAGACCCCUGAAAAUGGAACACAUUCUAAUAGGCAAACAAAACAAUUGAGUCAAAUACGUCUGAAUAAUAAAACAAAACAAAAAACUCAACUUACUCAUUUAGUCUGUUUUUUUUCCCUAAAAAUGAGCAUGGAUUUAUAUAGGCAGUUGCUUUGAUUUACUAUGGCUACAGUGAACACUUAGUAGAAAAUAUGCUCUUUAAUAGCUCUUUGUGGUUUUCCAUAGUUUAUGAGGAUAGAAUUCAUAGCAUGCCUGGAUAUUAAGAGUUAGGGAGAGUGCUAAAUUUGAUCUUGCACCACGGAGAAAUAAAAGUCAAGUGUGAGGACGUUGAAGUGUAACACAUUUUUGCUAACACCACUGCAAAUCAUUCCAUUCAAAAUCUGUCAGAGCGGUCAAGGGCUGUUGCUACUGUGCCGAAUGAGGGGGAAAAGGCUAUUACUAUUCUCACACCAGAUUCUGAACUGAUUUUGGAAGUGAAAAGUAGCACAUAUGUAUCCAUUAUCACACAUGGUGCUGAAAAUAUCAAUACGAUACAAUCAGGGUAGGUUUUGCAAUUAGACUACUCUAGGGCGAGGAGUUAGACAAAGACUGCUGUCCAACCAGCAGGCAAAAUACAUUGACAACAGUGUGACUUGACAACAACAAGAAUACAGGUGAAUCCAUCUCAUGUCACAGGUGAAUCCAUCUCAUGUCACAACUUCUUUCCACCACAUGCAAUGUAGAAAUGGAUACAGAAUAGGAUUGACAGAAACAUAUUUUUUGAUCUCCAUAAUACUCUGUAGUGUAUUGCUCUGUAACUUUUAUCUUUUGUAACUUUGCAUCUUU